AUGGAGUUCACCAAGCAUUUUGGGAAGUUUAGAUCCCUUUGGGCUGAACUAGAAAUGCUUCGACCGGCGACAAUUGAUCCGACCAUACUGAACGAGAGGCGUGAACAAGACAAAGUGUUUGGGCUGCUCUUGACCCUAAACCCCUCCUACAAUGAUCUCAUCAAACACAUCUUGCGGUCAGAUAAACUCCCAAGCCUUGAUGAUGUUUGUAACCAAAUUCAAAAGGAGCAUGGCUCCAUGGGAUUGUUCGGCAGCAAGGGAGAGCUGGUGACCGCUAACAAAGCUGAGAUGGCAUCAGCAAACAAAGGCUACUACCGACCGGAGGACAAGAACAACCCGCCGGUUUGUGAGCACUGUAAGAAACUUGGCCACUUCAAGAGCCGCUGCUGGAUCCUACAUCCGCAUCUAGCACCACCACCGGGAACAAUCCGAGGUGGACGACCAAACCGCGGAGGACAACCGAGAGCUCACCAAGCAACUGCCGUGGGGGAGCCAUUGAUCUCUGAGCAGCCUCAACAAGUGACCGGUGGAACUGCUCUUGCUGCAGCAUCGUCCGAGCUGCCUCAACAAGUGAACGGUGGAACUGCCCUUGCUGCAGCAUCAUCCGAGCUGGUAAGGCGGUCCGACAUUGAUGCGCUCAUCAAAGCCCUCAAGGAGGCCACCGGUAAAGCGUUUCUUACCUCAAACAAAAUUAAACCCCUUAUAGUCGAUUAUGGUGCAUCUCAUCACAUGAUUAGUGAUUCUAGGCUAAUUAGUGAUAUUAAACCGGCUAAUGGUAAUGUGAUAAUAGCAAAUGGUGAGAAAGUGCCGGUUAAAGGCAUUGGUAAUUUGAAACUAUUUGAUAAGGAGACUAAGGAUAUUGAGACAAGUAAGGUUCUUGGUCAAGGAGGAUCCAAGGAUGACCUCUAUGUGCUUGAGGACUUGAACUUAUCUUCUAAUGCAUCUUGUUUUAAUUCGAUUAAAAUUUUGAGAUCAGAUAAUGGUGGAGAGUACACAAGCCAUGCCUUUAAGCAAUAUCUAGCCAAAUAUGGAAUCCUUCAUCAAACUAGCUGUCCUUACACACCACAACAAAAUGGAGUGGCAGAAAGGAAGAAUAGGCAUCUCAUGGAGGUAGCAAGGUCUAUGAUGUUUCACACAAGGGUUCCAAAGAGGUUUUGGGGAGAUGAUGUGCUAGCCGCUUGUUAUCUUAUUAACCGCACACCAACAAAGAUUCUCAAGGAUUUGUCUCCAUUUGAGGUAUUAACUAAUGACAAACCUACAUUUGAUCACUUAAGAGUGUUUGGUUGUGUGUGUUAUGUGUUGCGACCAGGUGAGCUAAGAGACAAGCUUGAUGCAAAGAGUACAAAGGCUAUGUUUCUUGGCUAUUCUACAACACAAAAGGGGUAUAAGUGCUAUGAACCUACAACAAGGAGAGUUCUAGUAUCCCGUGAUGUCAAGUUCAUGGAGACACAAGGAUUUUAUGACGAGAAGAAUUGGGAUGAGCUUCGCAACCUCUCCGAUCCUGAUACACAUGCCAAUGACCAUACUGAGCAGCAUGAGGAAUCACCCGAGCCACCUGCGGACAACACGGCCGAAACAACCGAGGAGUCGGCCGAACAGCUUGAGGAAAUCAUUACUCCGGGACGAGCCAACUCGGAAGCUGGGGCUGUAGUUCCUCUUAGGCGCAGCCAACGUAUCAAGUAUCCUCCUACUCAUUGGAAGAACACCCGUGUGUACUAUAACAACAUGGCCGUUGCACAUCCAAUUCAAGCCGUGUGCACCUUGGCUCAUUUUCCGAUAGAACAUCAAGUGUUCCUUGGCAAUAUUGAUGAGAAUUGGAUUCCCAAGACCUAUGAUGAGGCUAAGCAGCACAAGGUAUGGAGAGAUGCGGUGGAUGCCGAGAAUACGGCCAUGGUGCAAAAUCACACAUGGGACGAGGCUGACUUACCUAAGGGCAAGAAGGCUGUCACCUCUCGGUAUAUCUUCACGAUCAAAUAUAAGAGCAAUGGGGAGAUUUAA